UUGUUUCAAACAAAGACAAAACUGAUCAACAUUUCAAGUGUAGUAAAUAAUUAUCCAAAUCAGUUUUGAUUCUUAAAUCUAUUACGACAACAACAACAACAACAACAAUGAAGACCUUAUUGGGUCUCCUGUUUACUUCAGGCCUUUUGGUAUCGGCAGUAUGGAGUUCCAUUUCACCGAUCCGAUUGGCACCUGGACAAAGUUAUAUUUAUUCUUAUAGUGGUCGUUUGAUCUCCGGUAUCGCACAAUUCGAUUCGGAUGCAGCCUUAAUGGAAAUCAAAUCCGAUAUUGUACUUCAAGCUGAACAACAAGGUUCACAUAUUGCCAUGCAGAUGACAAACAUUCGUAUUGGCAAACACAAUGGUCCUGUAUCGGAAAAACUUUUCGGUCAUGUUGUUGUUGAUCAUCAACCACAAAAAGAAUAUGAAGAACAACUUUCGAGACCAAUCCGAUUCUAUUGGGAUAAUGGUCAGAUUAAAGCUUUUGAAGCCGACGGUAAUGAACAGGAAUGGUCGAUUAAUAUUAAGAAAUCCAUUCUUAGUUUGUUCAAUAUCAAUUUGGUUCCCAAACGUGUUGUGACUGGACAACAAUUGGUUCAAAAAGUUAACAAUGUUUUUGGUAUUCAGCAACAACAUUUAAACGAUGAACGAUUAGUCGUCUAUCCAGUAUAUGAAGAUGGUACUAAUGGUGUCUGUGAAACCGUAUAUCAGGUCAUCUCAGCUAAAGAUAAAUGGACCACAGCUAAUGGCGAACAAGAUGAAGAAGAAUCGAUCCAAGUAUUCAACGUAACUAAAACGCGAAACUAUAAUAAUUGUUUGACACGACCAAGUUUGGAAAGUACAAACACUGAUUAUCGUGGUGCACCCGUCAUUUGUCAUGAAGGUAAAUCCUAUCCAUUGAUCAAUGGUUAUUAUCCAUCAUUGAGUGAAGAACAUCAACUUGGUGGCUGUCAACAACACCAAGAUCAAACUAGCCAAGAUGGUUCAGCCGUCAACCUAUAUAAUUAUGUUAAAUAUAACAUUUCAUCUUCCAAACAAACAACACGAAUUGAUUCAGUCUAUGGUCAAGGUAAAACUGUUUAUGAAACCAAAGGUAAACAAUUGGUAAUCAUCUCGGAGCAGAAUGCUACCUUGAUGGAUAUCGUUUCAACUGCUAAAUUGGGUGCCAUUCGACAAAUUCGAAGCAUUUUGUUGCAUCAAGAAUUGUCAUACCGAAUUCCAGAAACUGAAACUCAAUUGGACAUCCCAUACUAUCAUUUGUUUGGACAAGUUGAUAAACAAGAAUUGAAAGAACUCAUUCCAGGUUUAUUGGCAUCAGUUUCAUCUGAUAUCGAAGCCACAUUGAAUGAACCAUCGAAAAACACAAUGCAAAAAGUUGUACAAUUAGCUAACGCUAUGGCCGUUUUGGAUGCUGAACAUUUCGAAGAAUUAUUCGAAACAGUAGCCAAACAAGGUCGAUCACAUCGUGCUACUGCACACGAACGAAUGAAUAGAAAAUUAUUUUUGGAUUUACUCUGCUACGCUGGUACCACCGACGCUGCUUUGUUUAUCAAAAAAUUAUACGAACAAGAUCGUGUUACAACCACUGAAGUCAAAGAAAUGAUUGAAUCUGUUCCACAAAACUUAUUCUUAGUCGAUGCUAAAGUUGUUGAAGAAUAUUUGAACAUGUUUCUCAGUGAAAAAGUUCAACAACAACGACAUUUAGCCUCAUCGACUGGUAUUGCUUUGGGUAAAUUGAUUAAUCAAGCUACCAUCAAACGACAACAAAUCAAAGGUGACAUCCAUGAUGAACAAUCAAUUCGACGACAACAACAUGCACAGGCUGAAUUGAAAAGAAACACUAUCCGUGUUCGACGAUCGGCUCCAUGGCAUCAACAUUUCCGCCACGAUUUGUUGGAACAAAAUGAAGUUUCACAAGUGAUGCAAGUAUUGGCUAAAGCCUUGAAAACAUGCACUACUUUCCAUCAAAAAGUUACAUUGAUUGAAACAUUGGCCCAUACUGGAACUGCCGAAGCAUUGGCCAUUCUUGCUCCAUACGUUCGAGAUGAAAUUUUGAAUGAAGAAAUGCCUGGAUAUCCAGUUGAAAAUGAUAACGAAAUCAGUCAAGAACGUAACUUUAUCCGUCAAGUUUGCAUCUAUGCUUUGACCCAUAUUGCACCGGCUAAUACACCACAAGUUCGAGCAUUGAUGUUGCCAAUAUUCCAGAACAAAAAUGAACCAUAUGAAGUACGUAUUGCUGCCUUCACUGUAUUGCUUGGUUGUAAUCCGGGUAAAUAUGUUUUGGAACGAAUCAGUACUGAAAUGCAUCAUGAAACCAAUCGUCAAGUGAAAUCAUUUGUUAUCUCUUCAUUGGAAACAAUUGCUAACUUUACUGAACCAUCAACCAGACAAUUAGCUGAAGAUGUACGAUUUGCUUUGGGAUUUGCCCCAAAAGAUGAAUACGGAAUGUAUUAUUCUAAAAUGGUCGGUGAAAGUUAUUACGAUGAAAGCAAACAAUACGGUAUGAACAUUAUGGCCGAAUGGGUUUCCAGUAAUGUUUCGAAAAUUCCACGAUCCGGUUAUCUUGCCGUUCGUGAAACUGAUGGGCCAACACAAGAAAUUCCAAUUGAAGUAGGCUACAAUGUUAAAGGUUUGGACAGCAUCAUUGAACGUUUGACAUCAUCGAAUGGAAUCAUCAACGAUGUUCUUCAAUCAUUCAGCUCUUAUGGUAAAGAUCGUCGUUUGUUGAAACGAAAAGCUGGAUCUGCCCAGGAAACAUUGCAAGCAUUGAAAGAAAAAUUAGAUCUCACUGUACGAACAGAAGAAGAACCGAAAGCAACCGUCUUUUUCAAACUAUUCGAACAAACCAGCUAUUAUGCAUUUGAUCGUCAAUAUGUUCAACAAUUAUUGGAUUCAGCUGAAGAUUCUAUCAAAGAUAUUAUUGGCCAAUUGUCUAAAGGUCAGCAAUAUCAUUACAUCAAAUUAGUUUUGCCCAAACAAUUGUACAAGGUUGUUUCAUCGGAAAUCGGUUUGCCCAUCGUUGUCACACAACGAUACCCAACCAUCGUUUCAGUGAAAAUCAAUGAAGCUAAAGUUGAAUUUGUUAACCGACAACAAUCUGAACAAGAACAAGAUCGAUCAUCAUCAGAAUCAUCAACAUCAUCUGGUUCAUCCUCGUUCCCACAAGGUGUCAACUUUACCGCUCAAAUUGAACCAUCAAUUCAUCAUAGUAGCUAUUAUUUUAUCUUUGCUCUUACACCAAUCAACACCGAAGCUAUUGGUGCCCAUAUUUCAAGAGAAUCACGUGUUGCCGUUCCAGUGGAUUUGAGUGUCAGUUAUUGGCAUCCAACCAAACAACUUAGCUGGUCGAUUACACCAAAAGUACCACAAGAAAUAUAUCAUCAUCAAACUGAAGCUAAAACUUUUAUCAACAAAGCUAAAAUUGCCGGAUCCCCCGAACGUGAAUGGUUAUCAGAAACUAGUACUACUAUUCGUACUCAGCCUAUUCCAUUCAAAUAUGAAAAACAAUAUGGCAAACAAGAAUUAGGUAUUGGAUUGAAUGUUAAAGUUACAACCGAAAGUGCUAAUCGUUUUAGUCAACCAUGGUAUAAAUCGGAAACAGCUGAAAAAUACGGUUAUUUAGCCGGAUUGAUUGAAUUAUGGAACAACGAUGAAAUGACACCAUGUUCUGUUCAUUUAAUGUUGGAUGCUGAUGAACAAAACCCGGUAACUGGUUUGGAAAUGGCUAUCCGAUACAAAAAAUUGAACCUUGCUGAACGUUUGGAAUCUGAAGAAAACUAUGACAACGAUGAAUAUCAACAAGAAAAUGACAAUCAAGAAUACUUUGCUCGUAAUCGUCAACAAAUGUUGUGGAAUAAAAGGAAUCAAAACGAAAAGAUUGGUAAAUGGUCAACAUCAAAAGAAAUGAAACAAUCAAUCAAAAAUAUGAUACAAAAAUGGAACAAAGUAGCAUCCGGUUCUGAAUAUUCAGUUUCGGAUAAAACCGAUAUUGAAGCUCAUUGUGUUGAAGUUAAAGCUCAAACACAAAGCGCAAAGGCUACCAGUUUUGCCGCAAAAUUUUUAUUGGCUCAUACCUAUGAUUUGAAAAACUAUUGGACUAAUGUUCGUGCUGUUGCCAAAUCAUUGGAAACCGAAUCGGAAACCAAAGAAUCACAAAAGAAUGUUUGCUUCGAUUCAUAUGUUGCAUUCCCAAAACAACCAAGUGAAUUCUAUUAUGAACCAAUUGCUAAUCAAGAAAUGAAAGCAUCAAUCAAAGCUCAACUUAAUUUUGGUCAUGAUUGUCAAACUGGCAGCCGUGUACAAAUAUCUGGUCAUAUGGAAACCGGUGAAGAGAAAGUGAUUUCGGAACGUGAUCUCGAAAGCACACAAGAAACUCGUGGACCAGCACAAAAAGAUUGGUUCUAUCAACAAUGUCAGAUUGAUCGUGCUGAUGGUAAAACCGCAAGCUCUGCUUGCCAACGUGCAUUGGUUGAAGAUUCAUAUUUCAAACAAUUAACACUUGACAUUGAAUAUGAUGAUAUUCCGGAUGAAGUUUUCAAUUUGACCAACAAACUAGCUACAGCAGCUAAAGUUGCCUAUUAUAGCCAUUUAGAUGAAAAUCAAAUGGUCGAAAAUGAAGCUGGUAAAAUGAAAGUUACCGUUCAAUAUUCGACCAGAUUUGCCAACGCUCCAAUGGUCAAUGUUGAUUUUAAGACACACAAACAGAAUGUAUGUUUCGAAAAAGUCUACACUCCAUAUUUCCGACCGGUUUCUGCUUUGUAUUCAACAGUACAAGUGUACAAAAACUUGUUGACCGCAUACGAAAGUACUGGCCGUUGUUCAAUGAUGGAAGAUUACAUCCGUACAUUCGAUAAUGUUAGCAUUGAAUUGCCCGAUUCAACAUGUCAAUAUUUAUUAGCAAAAGAUUGUUCAUCAUCCGAACGAUUCUCAAUCUUAGCUCGACAAUUGGAUACCGAAGCAAAAACGAAAGAAGCCACUAUUUAUGUUGAUGGUAAAGAAAUUGUAUUGACACCACCGACCAGUGAAAAUUCGGCACAAAUCCGUGUUGAUGGCGAAGUGAAAGAAUUGACUGUUUCUAAAGCUUUAGUUAUGUCGGAUAAAAAAAUGACCAUCUAUGUUCGUGAAACUAGCUCGCCAACAUCAUCACCAAUGGUCGUUUUGGAACACCAACAACAUGAUUUUAGCGUUGUAUAUGAUGGUAAAAAUAUUGAAGUUAAAGUUGGUCAACAAUACAAAGGUGAAACCUGUGGUAUCUGUGGUGAUAAUAAUCAUGAAUCCGAUAACGAAUUUACCGGACCUGAUACCUGUCAAUAUCAGAAUAGCGAGGAUUUCAUCAAUAGUUAUGGUAUGGCUGGUCAACAUUGUCAGCGCUCACCAAGAACUAAAGGUGUAAAAAUUUGUGCCAAAAAAGAAGCCACAAUCAACAAAUACGUAUCGCCAGGUUAUCGAUCACUUGCCCGAAUGAUUGGUGAAUACAAAGCUCAACAGAAAACAAAUCGAAUGAGCCAGAUUGAACGACGAUCACAACAGGAAGAAAUGGCCCGUGCACAGCAAAAACUUUUAGAACAAGCCUUAGCACGACAACAUCAACAACAAAAAAAUGCCGCUACAGAAAGUGAAACUAAAUCAAUUAAAGAUGAAAUUCAACGUUAUCGAACAAUUGCAAUCAGACAUGGUGAUCGAUAUUGUUUCUCAAUGCAGCCAGUUCUUGCCUGUAUUGAAGGCAAAUCUCGUCCAACUGAAAUGCGACCACAAUUAUUGCAAUUCCAUUGUCUUCCUACACAAUCGGUAUCAGCACAACGACUUGUUGAACAAUCACAAUAUCGUGUGUUGGAAAUUUUCGGCAAAAAACCAGCCGAAUUAGCUUUAACACUUCAGGUACCUGUUGCCUGUCAAAAAGCAUAAAUUAUUCUUCACCACAAAACUCACACUACACACUUCACGAAUAUUUGAAUUUCUAAAUGUUCAAUAAAACACAUGUAUUUUAUUAUAUUUAAUUUUAAAAAUUUUUCAUCCAUAAUGGGAAAAAUAAAUUUGACGCAAAAUUCAUUCGCUCA